UGAUGGAGGAGAUCCAGCGGGGACAUGCUGCCUCGCGCACAUUCUGCGUCUUAAAGGGAAUUUAAAGCUCAAAGUCAGGGAGUGAAUGUGGAAAAGCAGUUCAUCCAAUGAUUGACGCCGACACUCCGACCAUGUUGGACCGAACUGAGCCGGCACACUGCACCGUGUGCUGCUGUGCUCUCACCAACAAAAUCCUCAUGGUGCUCUUCAUGGUGCUGUUGGUCUUCGCCAUCUUGUUUGGGAACUUAGUGACUCUCGCUGUGGUUCUCGGGACUAAACACUUCCACACGCCGCAGGGAUACCUGAAGGCGUCCCUCGCCGUGGCCGAUCUGGCGGUGGGAAUGUUCGUGGUGCCGCUCUCCAUCUACGCUGAGGUCUACCUGAUGGCAACCGACUCGGCACCGGAGUGGACUUCUUACAACUCGCAGUCGGUGAGUUUCCACCCGUGCAACGUUAUCGGCCCCAUCUUCGCCGGGUGCACCUUGGUCUCCAUCACGACCAUUUUCCUGCUGACGAUCGAGAGGAGCAUCGCUGUGUUGAAGCCGCUGCACAAGGACUCUGUGAUCACGCGGAAAAGGACCACAAUCCUCAUCGUCCUGUCCUGGGUGGGGAGCUUCUUCUUGGCAGUGUCUCCGAUGCUUUUCAGCAGCGAGAUGGCUCUGGAGUACAACUCCUGCAGCCGGAUGUGUAAUUAUGCGCUGGGGACCAUCGGUGAGUUCCCGAGCCAGGCCUGGAACAUCCUCCUCCUCUUCCCCGCGUUUGACUUCACCCUCCUCGGGGGAACGGUGGUCAUUAACAUCAUCUCGAUGUCCAGCAUCCGGCAGCACUCGAGGCGCAGGAAACACCUGGCGGAGAGCGAGUGCCAGAGCACCACCAAACCUACUUUCUCUGACAUCAAAGCGGCCAGAACAAUAGGGACGCUGACUGUGGCGUUCACCGCCUCGUUCACCCCCAUCGCCGUCUUCGUGGUUGGGAACGUUUUGGGGAAUAAAUGGUGCAACUUUUCCUUUUUCGCCUUCUGGAUUUUGGCCUCCAACAGUUGCUGGAAUGUCAUAAUUUACAGUGUGAGAGAUCAGAAGUUCAGACUUUGUGCGCACAAGCUCCUCUCCAGAGAGAAAACACAACCAAAGGCUAAACAAAUGAACACAUCAGGGAACAAAGACUAACGUUGAGGAAUGCAUCUUUUAGAUUUUGUUUGUCACACAAACUCUCAGUUCAUCGCACAUUGUGAGUCUCGUUAAGAGACGUGUCUGCAUGUUUUGUGGAUGUUGUGAAAUAUGUUUCUUUCAUGGAUCAGAUCACAUGGAUAUUAAACGUCCCUCUUUGUGGGGAAGUGUCCGGCUGUGGAUUGUUUGUUUCACCCGACUGUGAUCAAUUAAAAUAAGAUUCAAACACAAUCGGA